CAUUUGAACUGUACACAAUAUGAAGCCGCAAACUCUCUGUUUAUCUGUCCUCAUAGUGUCUUUUCUUCUUAUCGCUGACAUCCCAAGAGUCCUCGGAGUGAGUUUAAAUUACGAGUGGUUAGGUCUUGCAGAAAAUGUACUAUUGGAUUUGAUAAGAAGUAUAAUUAAUUCCAUUAACUAUAUUCUGCAAGGACGUCUCACACCUCAGAUGAUUGAAGAGAAGAUUGACGUAAGCAAUCUACCAGGGAAAGAUGGUAGCCAAAGUAGAGAAAGUAAUUCGCAGGAAACCGGUACCACCGACGAAAAUAAAGAGACGGAUAACUCGGCAGAGAAGAAUGGAAGCGAAAGUGGAAGUAAGACCGAUGAGGAUAAGGAUACGGAUAACUCGGCAGAGAAGAGUGGAAGCGAAAGAGGAGGUAACACCGAUGAAGAUAAGAAUACGGAUAACUCGGCAGAGAAGAAUGGAAGCGAAAGAGGAGGUAACACCGAUGAAGCUAAGAAUACGGAUAACUCGGUAGAGAAGAAUGGAAGCGAAAGUGGAGGUAAUACCGAUGAAGAUAAGUAUACGGAUAACUCGGCAGAGAAGAAUACAAGUGAAGGUGGAGAUAAUUCGCGGGACACAAAAGAAUCAUCAGAAAAUCGUUUGUCAACAGUAAUAAAUUUGGAGAAUUUUUUGAAAUCUCUUACAAAGAACUUAAAGGGAUGCAAGUUAAAACAGUCGAAAAACAAAAACAAAUCGAAUACAGAGAUAGUAUGCCGUUGGUAAUAUACAUUUUUUAUUUCACACAAAUAUUGUAAGUCUAUUGAAAGUGUGAGAGCAGAGUGAAUAAAAAUAAUUGAAG